CCCCCACACGAUGACCUUUCCCACACCCCGCACCUCCUCCUCCCAACAACCAGAGCAUGGUCGGGCCUUCGCCGUCGGCCGCCGCCCGCCCAUCCACGGCCAAGCCUCCGCCGCCGCUCCACGGCCAAGCCUCUGCCGCCGUUUGCCGCCUCCACGGCCGGGCCUCUGCCGCCUUCCGUCACCCGCCCAUCCUCGCCCUCCUCCGCCGCCGCUCCACGGCCGGGGCUCCAUCCUCCGCUGCCGCCCGCCCAUCCUCUGCCGCCGGCCGCCGUCCGCCUCCAGCCGGUCCUCUUCUCCGCCGCCGCGAGCGUGAGCAGCCCCCCUCCGCCCCUGGCCGUUGCCGGUGCGCGUCGGCUCUGCCUCCCCACAACGUGCGUCCGCUACACGCUUCCCACGACACGCAAGGGGAUCUCUUUCUGCAACGAAUCCCUCACCAAUUUGAGCGUCGAGGACAGGCAUAUCCUUUCCCUGAAUAUGGCCUACGUACAGAGGUGAAAGCUUUAUCAAUUAAUAGGAAGUUUGUGAUUGGAUGGAUGCUCCCAACAACCAGUUCUUCCAAGGACAUCCCCGUGGCUCCGCGACACUCUUUCAGAUUUUGCUAAUGGUCAUAGCUCCAAAUUUCAUCUUGGUAAAUUCAUGUGCUUAACUUUUCUUUUAGGUAAGCUAAGUUUCUCUUCCCGGGGUUUAUAUUGCCUGGACGUUAAUUUUUCUAUUGCCUCAUCUUGGGUCAUACUUUGUGAUACAACCAUCUAUUUUUAUGUGCCUUGGCUUUAUUAUUAUUUAUUUUGAGUUCACUCAACAUAUCAUAAUCUUUUUUUGCUUUAUCCGCAUUUUAGUUCAACAUGCCAUCUUGCAGACAUGGCUACUAUAUCUGUUUGUUUCAAGCAUCAGCGGCAUCCAUGGGCUUGACAACAAUCUGAAGCGAGUAAUUGGUGGUGAGAGAUUUCUGAAUAAUGUAACCUGAAUAAGGAUGCUAUCGUGCUAUUCAUCUAUGUAUGCUGCUAUUGUAGGAACACAAUUUCUGAAUAACCAAAUUGGCACAUUUUCAGAUCAACAUUUUGUCUUCAACAUUACUAAAAAAUUUAGAGUUCUGAUUCAAUUGUAUUUCAGAAUACUUGCGACCUGAAGAAUAGAGCAAUUCUUAGUGUUUGUUUGGAAGCCUUUUUUUAGAAGUAUUUAUAUAGGUUAUUUAAAUUGGGUUCAAUUAUUUUUCCUUCAAUGAAAUUUCAUGCCCCUAUAAAUAUAAUCUCUUAACUAUCUAAACAUGCAUUGCACUAUGUGUUGACAUGCUACCAUUGUCUAAUAUAUACCUAAACUUUCAUUUUACUCCACCCGAAUUUUCAUUUUUGAGUGGAUUUUUUUUGUGGUGAUAGCUGCCCUUGGUAUUGGAGAAAACAUUUUUUAUUUGGGCAGCCCGGUGCAUGUAGCUCCCGCUUGCGCAGGGUCUGGGGAAGGGUCCGACCACUUUGGGUCUAUAGUACGCAGCCUUUCCC